AUGUCUUCUGCUUCUAUGCGGAGCUGCCCAACUUGUGGGAGAGUACUGUUAAAAAAGAAUUUGUACAGUCAUUUGAAAGCAAUCCAUCGAACACCAUCCGAUGAAAUUUCCCGAAUGCGCGAGCAAAUCAGCAAAGAGGCUGGGACCGCAACGGUCAUCUGCCCCUUAUGUGAAGAGAGCUUUGCUACGUAUGAUGAUUUCGCCCAGAGGUGUGAAGAUACGUGCACCUCACUUUUCAAGGAACGAGUCAGGACUUCGGGCUCUUCAUCUCGUGUGACUCUUUUAUGCAACCGAUCUGGAAUGUACAAGAGAACUGGAACACAGAGAGCCGGUGUAACUAAGAAGCAUGUUCGCUACUGUUCGUGUCAUCUAAAUGUUACUUUCAACGAAUGCGGAACAGUGGCGGUAGCUGGAUGUUUUGGUCAUGUGGGGCACCAACUAGACCCGGCCCUGCUCAAAUUUUCGAGUCAGCAGAGAAUCUACUUGAAGACGCUGCUCGAAGAACACUCCGUGGACUACAUCAUCAGUCGACUGCGCAAGGAGGAUCCAACAAAAUCGACAAAACUCUACUUUGUCGUGAAGCAGGAUCUUCACAACAUUAUAAGGAAUUACCGUAUGGCACCAGGAUGGAGAGAUGACGAUGAUGAGAACAACUAUGACGACGGAAUCAGAUAUACGGAGCUACCCGGAGACGAGGGAAAGGUCCUUAACGUGUAUUUGCAUAAUGAAAUAGUGAUUUCGCAUAAUUCAGUGAUAAUAACGCCACUCAUGCUGAAGUACGACUUGAGGUUAGUAACUCUGAUGGUCUCAAAUCGUGGGCUUCCCGGAGCAGUCUUUCCAGAAGUGCCCACCCAGCUUCAUUCUGCAGGUUUCACAUCGCGCAGACGUGGAAAAGACGUAGGAAAGGAAAACGAAGGAAUAACCAUGAGCAUGUCGGAAAGAAAAGUAGUGCGAAAAUUCAGGUGUCACUGCGUUCGAUGUUCAUUGGAGCUCUUCGGAAGUUAUUGA